AUGAAGUACUUUAUUGAUAUUAAAUUGAACACAGAUGCAUGUUUGGCUGAUGAAGGUUGGGUGGGACUUGGGGUGAUAGCUCGCGACUCGGAAGGUAAGGUGUGCUUUGCGGCAACUAGACGUGUGCGUGCCUACUGGCCUCCUGAGGUAGCUGAAUGUAAGGCUAUUUAUAUGGCAUCCCGAUUGGCCAAAGCUCAUGGGUAUGGCGAUGUGAUUUUCGAGUCCGACUCUCUUGUAGCUACGAAAAGAUUGACAAAAGCAGCAAUUUUCUUCUCAGAUUUGGAUGCUAUACUUGGGGACAUUCUUUCUAUGUGUAAUGCUUUUUCUUCUGUUUCUUUUUCUCAUGUUAGAAGGGAUGGGAAUUCUGUUGCCCAUAACCUCGCUAGAGUAGUGCCGUUUGGUGUUGAGCAAUGUUGGGAACGUCAUUGCCCUAGUAUUGUAAUGCCUUAUAAAUUCUCAUUACCGCCAUUUUCUCCAUUUCAUGUCAAUCAAACAACUACCUAA